UUUGGGUUUCUGACACUUCUUCAGUCCAAGUCCAUUCGGAAGUACAGCCUACAAAGUAUGACUGGCGUCGUCCGGCUUUCAUUUCAGGAUAGAUCUGAGUUACUAUUACGAGCCCUGUAGUUGUCGAAUAGCUUGUAUUGGAUUAUAUUUACUUCUUAUCGCUUUACCGUUUUGGAAAAAUGGACCAGUCCGUGGCUGUUCAGGACUCCCUGGAGGAAGGCGAAAAUUGCAUUGUGGCUGCCCAAUGUCAGUUCUUCGUCAACGAUGUUAUUGAAAGUAGGCUUGUCAGUCUUGUGGAGUGCAAAUCGGAAUAUGGAAUAUUUUUGUUUACUCAUCGAAGAAUGGCCAUCACCAAGGAUGAUAUUUCUUUGGAUAAAGUCAUCCCUAUCACCAAAGACUGUACAAUUGAAGAAGUCUUAAGUGAAUUUCCAGUGUUAGGCUCAGACAUGACUGUGAGGAUUACAUCUGACAAUGUGUUACUUGAAUUGCAGCUGCCUUUCAGUUCACAUUCACGAAGGUUUCUAGAUGAAACAUGUAAAGCCUGCCAUGGAGUUGAUAAGCAGCAUAUGUCUGUGGAUCCCUGUCCCCGGUUUUUGUGGCUUUCUAAGUACCUCCCAAAAUCAGCUCUGGCAUCUGUCUCUGAGAAGAAAGGAGCAUUCAUCCCUGCUGCUGAAUUUAAAGGAAUUGAGACUGAAGCAUCAGAUAAUAUGAGGAAAACAGGGACUGCUACAGUAAAUGGCAAAUCACAAGUCUCUGAAGAAACAAAACAAAAUAUCCAGAACAUCUCUGAUAACAAUGCAGUCAGAGAUGGUAAAGUGAAGCCAGAAGUUAGUAAUGACAUGGUACGAUCGUCAAGCUACACAGUUGCAAACAAAGCUCAGAUGCUUGCAAUGCCCCAGUUUGAAUUGAGAGAUAACCUUAUUAAGUGUGAAUUGUUGAAAAGGGAGGAAUCCUACACUUUUACAAAAGACUACAGGUUUUUUGUUGGUACUUACAAUGUUAACGGACAGUCUCCAAAAGAAAGCUUACUUCCUUGGCUGAAAGGUGGCACUGAACCUCCUGAUAUCUAUCUUGUAGGGUUUCAAGAGCUUGAUCUCAGCAAAGAAGCAUUUAUCUUCAGUGAUACUCCCAAGGAGCAGGAGUGGUCAAAAGCUGUACAUGAGGGUCUCCAUCCAGAAAGUAAAUAUGCUAUGAUCAAGGUGAUCCGCUUGGUGGGCAUAAUGUUGCUUUUUUAUGUAAAGAAGGAACUUGCUGAAUACAUCUCUGCAAUUGAAGCUGAAUAUGUUGGUACAGGAAUAAUGGGAAGAAUGGGUAACAAAGGGGCAGUAGGCAUCAGGUUCAAUUUCCAUAAUUCAUCCUUAUGUAUUGUGAACUGUCACUUAGCAGCGCAUACAGAAGAAUAUGAAAGACGUAACCAGGAUUUUAGAGACAUCUGUAGCAGACUGACUUUCAGGUCUUUUGACCCAGUUCUUCCAAAUCUUCCUAUCAUGAAACAUGACACUGUCCUUUGGUUUGGUGACCUAAACUACCGGAUAAGUGACGUAGAUGUUGAGCAAGUCAAAAAACUCAUUGAUGAAAGAGAUUUUAAGACUCUUUAUAAGUAUGACCAGUUAAAGAAGCAGAUGGAAGAAAAAGCAGUGUUUGAUGGUUUUACAGAAGGAGAGCUCAAAUUUCAGCCAACUUAUAAAUAUGACACAGGAUCUGAUCAGUGGGAUACAAGUGAAAAAUGCAGAACUCCAGCCUGGUGUGACCGUAUUUUAUGGAAAGGAAAAAAUGUCAAGCAGCUACAGUACAGCAGUCACUUAUCUUUGAAAACUAGUGACCACAAACCUGUCAGCUCAAUUUUUGAAAUUGGGAUAAAAGUAGUGAAUGAAGAGUUAUACAGAAAGACUUUUGAGGAAAUAGUGCGGACUCUGGAUAAAAUGGAAAAUGAAUGUAUUCCUUCAGUUUCUCUUUCAGAGCAUGAGUUUUAUUUCAAAGAUGUAAAGUACAUGCAGCGACAGGUUCAGACAUUUACCAUAUAUAAUGAUGGACAAGUUCCCUGUCAAUUUCAGUUUAUUCAGAAGCUGGAGGAACCUGCCUACUGUAAACCAUGGCUCACUGCACAGCCCUGCAAAGGUUUCGUUGCUCAAGGUGCAAAAUUAGAAAUUGAACUUGAAGUGUUUGUAAAUAAAACAACUGCCACAAAGUUAACCAGCCAAGAAGAGAAAUUAGAAGAUAUAUUAAUUCUGCACCUAGAAAGGGGUAAAGACUACUUUGUUCCUAUUUCUGGCAAUUAUCUUCCAAGUUGCUUUGGAUCUUCACUACAAGCAUUGUGCUAUAUGCGAGAACCAAUCCAAGAUAUGCCUCCAGAACUUAUUCAGCAAUUUACCUUGAUGCCACUUCAUCAGCAAAUAGAGCCCAGCGAUACUUUAGAAAAGCAACUGGACAUUCCCAAAGAACUGUGGAUGUUGGUUGAACAUUUAUACAGAAACGCUUGCUAUCAGGCAGAUCUGUUCCAACAGCCUGGUCUCAGGACGGAGUUUGAGGAAAUUCGUGACUGCUUAGACACAGGAAUGCCAGAUUCUCUUCCUGGUAGCAAUCACUCUGUAGCAGAAGCUUUGCUGCUGUUCUUGGAUGCUCUCCCUGAACCUGUCAUCUGCUAUUCACAUUAUCACCAGAGCCUUGACAGUUCUGGUAGCCAUACGCAGUGCAAACAGGUCAUCUCCACCCUACCUCAGUGCCAUAAAAAUGCAUUUAAUUAUUUAAUGGCAUUCCUUCGAGAACUGUUAAAAUAUUUUAUGUUUAAUAACUUGGAUGUCAGCACACUUGCAAGCAUUUUUGGAUCUUUGCUGCUGAGACCACCUCCUGCAAUCAAACAAGAUGCUGCACAAAAGAAAAAAGUACAGGAAUUCAUUGAACAUUUUAUAUCAAAACAAGAAGAUAUAUCUUGAAGAAUACCAUUUUAAGCAUUUUUUCUAAUGGUUUAAGUAUUUAAUAUUAUUUUUCUAUAAAUUGUGAUAAUUGAGAAAUUUUUAUGCUAAAGAAUACAACAUGAGCAUUUUCUGCUUAUUUUAUGUGGGUUUUCGUAAUUCAGAAAUUCAAAAAUGUUCAAAAGUAGUAUAGACUGUGCAGUAAACUGACAUUUAUGUAUAUCUUACUCAUUGUUGAGUACAAAUAAAGAUAAAUGAUUCGAUGUAGAUUUGUAAUUUAGUCGUAUUGAUCUUGUGGUAAUUUUUAUACUGUAGAUGUACUGUAUAUUACUGUAAAUAUAGAAAAUGUUUAUCAAUCUUCCUUUUAUAAAGCUUGUUUUACAUGAAUACAGUGUACAGUAAAGAUAAAUCACACAAUAAAAUAUAUUCCAAUAUACAUUACAAUAAACCAGUGAACACAGUAAAACUGGAGCGGAAUUCA